ACACACGCCCGCAUCGCCAUUUUCAACAUCUCAUUCCAGCUCGGGACUCGCAGACUUCCGUCUCUUAUCUUGCGAGACUAUAACGAUACUGUGACCACUCCGGCGUAAACGGAGUAUGUGAGCGCAGUGACGCAGCACGUAGCCGUGUGGGAGAGACGAGUAAGGAAGGAGCGGAGGACGUCGCGCAGGCACAGUAAGCCGCGUUUGUCAGGCCACGGGCGUCCGCUUGUAGUUUAUCCUCUGUGUAUUCACAACUCCAGGAAACAUUAAAACGCUGUUUAUUUCGUAGUGGUUACCAGCUAUUCUUAUCGCUUCCAGACCCUCUGCUCCCAAUAUGUGACUUAAACAAAUGUAUGUUCCUCAAGCCGUUCCAUGAACACGAGCCCCGAGAACGAGGAAACUAUUCAUCCUGGAACAUUAAGAGGGCAAUGCAAAUCUUCAAGAAGACUGGAGGCACUGCUGCAGCAGGCUCACAGUUUCUCAUCAGAAAAAACAUGAUGUUUAUGAUGGAUAAUGAUGCUCCAACAAUCAGACCUCGAAGAAUUCAAAACCAAAAUGUAAUUCAUCGGCUUGAACUCAGAAAAAUCAGUUCAGGAAAACCUGGUUCUCACUGGCAUCAAGUGCGAAUUUUCCAUCAGAAUGUUUUUCCAAACUAUACUGUGGUGAAUGUGGAAAAGCCACCUUGUUUUCUUCGGAAAUUUUCACCUGAUGGUAGAUAUUUUAUUGCAUUUUCUUCAGACCAGACCUCCCUUGAAAUCUAUGAGUAUCAGGGUUGUCAGGCAGCAGAAGAUCUUUUACAUGGAUAUGAAGGUGAAAUACUUGCCAAUUCUAAUGACCAGCGGUCUGUUAACAUCCGUGGUCGACUCUUUGAACGAUUCUUUGUUCUUCUCCAUAUAACAAAUGUGGCUUCCAAUGGAGAGCACCUAAAUCGGGAGUGUAGUUUGUUUACAGAUGACUGCCGCUAUGUUAUUGUGGGAUCCGCAGCCUAUCUUCCUGAAGAACCUUAUCCACCAUUUUAUGAAAUCUAUCGUAACAGUGAAUCGGUGACCCCCAACCCAAGAUCCCCUCUGGAAGACUACUCUUUGCAUAUAAUAGACCUUCACACGGGAAAACUUUGUGACUCAAGGACAUUUAAGUGUGAUAAAAUUAUCCUUUCACACAAUCAAGGACUUUAUUUGUACAAAAAUAUUUUGGCAGUCCUCUCUGUUCAGCAGCAAACAAUUCAUGUUUUUCAGGUGACCCCAGAGGGAACUUUUAUUGAUGUUCGAACAAUAGGCCGUUUCUGUUAUGAAGACGACCUUCUAAUAUUGUCUGCUGUUUACCCAGAAGUACAACGGGAAACUCAAACAGGAAUGGCAAAUUUAUAUAAGGAACCGUUUAUAAACUCAUUAAAGCACAGACUUCUAGUAUAUCUGUGGAGGAGGGCUGAGCGGGAUGGCAGUGCCAUGGCCAAGAGAAGGUUCUUCCAGUAUUUUGACCAGCUAAGGCAACUCCGUAUGUGGAAAAUGCAGUUGUUGGAUGAAAAUCACCUCUUUAUUAAGUACACCAGUGAGGAUGUGGUUACUCUUAGGGUCAAUGACCCCUCACAGGUACAGCCUUCUUUCUUUGUCGUUUACAACAUGGUUACCACUGAAGUCAUUGCUGUUUUUGAGAAUACGUCCAAUGAGUUGUUGGAGUUGUUUGAAAACUUCUGUGACCUCUUCAGGAAUGCUACACUUCACAGUGAGGCUGUUCAGUUCCCUUGUUCUGCUUCCAGCAAUAAUUUUGCCAGACAGAUACAGCGCCGUUUCAAAGACACCAUUGUGAACGCAAAAUAUGGAGGCCACACAGAAGCAGUGAGGAGGCUGCUGAGCCAACUGCCUAUUAGUGCACAGUCCUACAGUGGUAGCCCUUACCUUGACCUCUCCCUCUUCAGCUAUGAUGACAAAUGGGUGUCUGUUAUGGAGAGACCUAAGACUUGCGGAGAUCAUCCAAUCAGGUUUUAUGCAAGAGAUUCUGGUCUUCUAAAGUUUAAAAUUCAAGCUGGUCUUCUUGGGCGACCCAUCAACCACACUGUGCGUAGGCUGGUGGCCUUUACAUUUCAUCCCUUUGAGCCAUUCGCAAUUUCCGUGCAGAGGACUAACGCAGAGUAUGUGGUCAACUUUCACAUGAGGCACAGUUGUACUUAGCUGAAAUCUAGAAAGCCGUUUCUUCUCUAUUUUUUGGACCAAAGCAGAAUGUUCAUGCCAUGCAUGAGUCUUCACAAUUCAGAUUAUGAGCUAAUUGUUCGAACUAAAGUAAAAUGUAGAUUAUUUUCUACUCUUCAAGUGAACCUCUUACUUGGAACGGAUUUUUGCAUGUUUAUGAACACUAUUUACAUGCAGCUCUCAAAGAAAAGUUUAGUUGUCUUGUCCAUAUCUGGUCGUUUGUAGCGGCAGGCAAGGCGUACCAGAAACAAGGCCCCAUGAGGUGUCGGCUUAUAGGCAGUCUCACUGUAACUACUGCUGGCGUAAGCUUAUUGCUUGCCAAAAAAUAGAGCUCUUGUUCACUUCCUACUAACUGUCCUAGAGGCAAUUGUACAAGCAGUUGUUUCAGCUUGUGUUUGUGAACUUUUUCCCAAGUGUAUUCCAUAAAGUAUAUUCUGUUAAACUGCCAUGACAAGUCAGCCAUAUGCAAAAAUGGUUCUGGAGUUUUAAAAGAACGGGGGAUGAAAAAUAUAUUUUUUCUAAAAUGUCUUAAUGCCCCUUUAUGACAUUUGAAAACACUGUAAACUAAGCAAGUUGAGUGAUACACAUAAAUGCUAUGCGGCAUUACACCUGUACACUCAAUUUAGAUAUGUUUCUUCUUAAAGGAGAAGGAAAAGCAUUGUACACUUGGGGUGCCAAAUGUUAGGCACCCCCAAGUGAUUGUAUUGACUUACCUGCAACCCCAGGCUCGUGCUCCUAUCAGCAGAUAACUGCAGCGGCCCGGGGUUAUACCAGUGAGCACCACAGAGCGAUCAUCUUCCGUAGAACGAAAAAAACGAACUUUAACUAAAAAGUCGGCUAUUUCGUUCAACUGCGCAUUCGUUUGCCCCGGGAAAUUUGAAGAAAGAAGAUGCUGGGAGAGGAUCGCUCUGUGGUGCUCGCUGGUAUAACCCCGGGCUGGUGCAGUUUUUCGCUGAUAGGAGCACUGGCCCGGGGUUUCAUGUAAGUCAAUACAAUCACUUGGGCAAGUAUACACAGCCUUUCUUUCUCCUUUAAUCAUAUUGGUAGCCAGUUGGAUAAGAGCUGUGCCAAUGAGCGAGGAAGAGACAAAGAUGUUCCAUACCCUUAAAACCGCGCUUUCCUGAUUGUUGUUUUCUACCCACUGCCCAACUCUGCAUGUAAUGUAAUGGAGGAAGGGAUCAAUGAGCUGCUCUUCCAGAGUGAUAGCCAGAACCUCAAGAUACCCAUCUUACCAUAAUAGUAGGGCUUUGCUAAAGGUGAAUAUGUUUAUAUGGAUACAGCUGAUAAGCAGUGUUGUUCCAGCUAAAGCAUAAACAGUUCCAUCCACCUUAUUUAAUGACAUCGAUGAUAAUGAAUUAAAAGUUUAUCAUUAUGGGGAGGAGAAUCAACUCAAUCUUCUCAGUUUUUUUAAGGCAGUAGUUUAUUUUUUUAUGAUGAAUGUCUAUUUUCGUGUUUAUUUUAUAGAUAAUAUAGCAUUACCUGAACACUCUUUCUUUAUCAAAACACUAUGUAUCUUUGCAUUAAUAUUUAAUUGUUUAUUCUCAGUAACACGGAUAAACUAGACGUGUGCCUUUUGUGCCAGUGUCCGUGCUCCAUUCCAGUCGACUGGCCUCUUUGGCAUGUGUGUGUGUAGAUGCAUGGACAUUUAUAAGAAUGAAUUUUAGAUCAAGGAGGGCUGCUACCAUGUUAAUGUACAAGACUUUUUAUGCAAGAAGAUACAAAUUUCCACAGCUAUAUUUUGUGAAAUUACUAAAACAUCUUGAGAUUUUUUUUUGUUUGUUUGUUGCUAUUUCCUUUCGGCAAAAUGUAAGUAGAAUCUGCAUUUUUUUUUAUAUGACCAUCAAUAAAACAUAUCUGUAAAAUAGGUGGUAAAGUAAUGCUAAAGCUUUUGUCAUUUUAAUAUUCACCUUAUCUGUUCAGACCUCAUACACCCCAAGUUACAUAUUGUUUAUCUUCCGCACAAUGACUGCAAAGGCCUCCAAAGCAAAUCUAAUGCAGAAAGAUUUCCCCUGUGCAAGGGAAGGUGGGAAAAUCUUGUAACCUUUCGUAUUUAGGAGCGCUGUAAAAGCAAAUACAAAAAUCUCCGGGAAUGACGCAAUAUAUUUAGUACUAUACAGAAGCCCAUUUGCUGAAAAAAUAUCUUCUAUAGAGAUUCUCGCUUCGUGUCAGCCACCUUUCAGCCUCGAGGUUUCACAAGAGCUUUGUCUCUAUUCAGCUCGUCUUUGUCUUCUGAAGGUGAAAUCGGUCUGUGUAGGCGUGAUAACUCUUAAGUACAUUUUUAUAAAAGGCAUUUUCAUAUAAGCCUCUAACGAUAGCAACAGAUAGCAUUUUCCAUCCUGAUCAAUUGCAUUGCAGAUAUUUCUAAGCCUUCACUUCCAUAUUAUGCUGAAAACAAAUCAUUUUGAUUCUUGAAAACAUACAGAUUCCAAAGGCAGUACCUUUUUAUCUGUCCUGUAAAGUAAGUCUCUUUAAAAAUACAAUACUGAUUUUUUUUUUCAUAGACAUAACUGUGCUUUUAUAUAAGUGUAAACAUUUCUAAGAUAUUUAUGUUUAAUUUAAAUAAAGUUUUUAAAGUACAUAUAA